GCCGCUUCCACCGUCCCAGCCCAUGGGUCGAGACACACGCUCGCGCUCGCGGUCAGCGUGUCGCAGGGGUCGCAAGGGCCGGAGACAGCGGAGCCGGAGCGGGAGUCGGAGCCGAAAUCGGAGUGGGAGCCAUGGGCGGCGAAACAGGCGGCGCCGGGACGGCGAAGGGCGACGGAGGCGUCGAAGCCGGGAGCGAAGGUCAGAUUCAGAGGAAGACCACUGGCAGCGGCGAGGACGGCAGAGCCGGAGCCCACAGCCACCCCGAUGGCAUGCACAGGACCAGUCCUCUCAGUCCGACUCAGGCAACGAGCAGCAUUGGCAGCAGCGGGACCGCCGCCGUCGGACCCGCUCCUGGUUCCGGGGCUCCUCUUCCUCCAGCUCCGGGUCCCCACACCGCUCCCAGAGCCCUCGGGAGGUGGCCGAGGCCCUGAGCCAGCAACAGAGCCUACAGGAGCGGCUGCGGCUCCGCGAGGAACGGAAGCAGCAGGCGGAGCUGAUGAAAGCCUUUGAGACACCCGAGGAGAAGCGGGCCCGGCGGCUGGCCAAGAAGGAGGCCAAGGAGAGGAAGAAGCGGGAGAAGAUGGGCUGGGGCGAGGAGUACAUGGGCUACACCAACACCGACAACCCCUUCGGCGACAACAACCUCCUGGGUACUUUCAUCUGGAAUAAGGCCCUGGAGAAGAAGGGGAUCAGCCACCUGGAGGAGAAGGAGCUGAAGGAGCGGAACAAGAGGAUCCAGGAGGACAAUCGACUGGAGCUGCAGAAGGUGAAGCAGCUGAGGCUGGAGCGGGAGCGGGAGAAGGCCAUGCGUGAGCAGGAGCUGGAGAUGCUGCAGCGGGAGAAGGAGGCAGAACACUUCAAGACAUGGGAGGAGCAGGAGGACAACUUCCACCUCCAGCAGGCCAAACUUCGCUCCAAGAUUCGAAUCCGGGACGGACGGGCCAAGCCCAUUGACCUGCUGGCCAAGUAUAUCAGCGCCGAGGACGAUGACCUGGCUGUGGAGAUGCAUGAGCCUUACACCUUCCUCAAUGGCCUCACGGUGGCUGACAUGGAAGACCUGCUGGAGGACAUCCAGGUAUACAUGGAACUCGAGCAGGGCAAGAACGUGGACUUCUGGAGGGACAUGACCAUCAUCACGGAGGAUGAGAUCUCUAAGCUGCGCAAGCUGGAGGCCUCGGGCAAGGGUCCAGGCGAGCGGCGAGAGGGCGUCAACACCUCGGUCAGCUCUGAUGUGCAGUCAGUCUUCAAAGGGAAGACGUACAGCCAGUUGCAGGUCAUCUUCCAGGGCAUCGAGGGCAAGAUCCGGGCCGGGGGCCCCAACCUAGACAUGGGAUACUGGGAGAGCCUGCUGCAGCAGCUGCGGGCCCACAUGGCACGUGCCAGACUCCGAGAGCGGCACCAGGACGUGCUGCGGCAGAAGCUCUACAAGUUGAAGCAGGAGCAGGGUGUGGAGAGCGAGCCACUGUUCCCCAUCCUCAAGCAGGAGCCCCAGUCUCCCAGCCACAGCCUGGAGCCUGAGGUCGCAGCCCUGACUCCACCUGGGCCCUCCUUGGAGGGCGGCCCUGUGGAGGCUGAGGUGGAGGGUGAAGCGCCGGCAGAGGGCGAAGCAGAGGGGGAGGCUGUGCUCAUGGAGGAGGACCUGAUCCAGCAGAGCCUAGACGACUACGACGCCGGCAAGUACAGCCCCCGACUGCUCACAGCCCACGAGCUGCCGCUGGACGCACACGUGCUGGAGCCUGACGAGGACCUGCAGCGCUUGCAGCUGUCACGGCAGCAGCUCCAGGUCACAGGUGACGCGAGUGAGAGUGCGGAGGACAUCUUCUUCCGGCGGGCCAAGGAGGGCAUGGGCCAGGACGAGGCGCAGUUCAGCGUGGAGAUGCCCCUGACUGGCAAGGCCUACCUGUGGGCCGACAAGUACCGGCCACGCAAGCCACGCUUCUUCAACCGUGUGCACACGGGGUUCGAGUGGAACAAGUACAACCAGACGCACUAUGACUUCGACAACCCACCGCCCAAGAUCGUGCAGGGCUACAAGUUCAACAUCUUCUACCCUGACCUCAUAGACAAGCGCUCCACGCCCGAGUACUUCCUGGAGGCCUGCCCUGACAACAAAGACUUUGCCACCCUGCGCUUCCACGCUGGUCCGCCCUACGAGGACAUUGCCUUCAAGAUCGUCAACCGCGAGUGGGAGUAUUCACACCGCCAUGGCUUCCGCUGCCAGUUCGCCAAUGGCAUCUUCCAGCUCUGGUUCCACUUCAAGCGCUACCGUUACCGGCGGUGAUGGCCCUGCACCCGCAGACCACCUGACGGGCGUGGCAAGGCCGGCGGCCUUCCCCAGCUGGUGCACAGGCUGGGCCUCCCCCUCACCAGCCUCACUUUCUCUGCGAGAACAGCAAGCAACUCACAGUGUAGCUGCCUCUGUGAGCGGUGAGGGAGCCACUGGGACAGGCUGGCCCAGGUUCUGAGAUGCCCGGGGGGCUGCCGGCGGGACUCUCUGAGGGCAGGGAGCCCAGCAGGUAUCAGCCAACCUCACUGUCCACGUGGGCAUGCUAAGGCCCAAGGCCCACCCUAGACGAGCCCUGUAAUGCAGGCUCUUAGCUGGGGGCAGCAUGAGGCCCAGACAUGGAGUACCAAGCUUUUGAGGGGCAGGAAAUCCAAGGUCAGAGCACUGAUUGGCCCUUGGACACAGCCAGCUGCUACAGGGCCCACCUUCCUGGCCGCCUCCCAGCCAGCCUCCCUCAGAGCCCGGCCCAGUGGAACCCGACCCUGCUGCUGCGCCAUGUUCCCAAACCUCUUUUAAGGGACGUCCACUUGCCUCACCCUGGUGCAGGCUGCGGGGUCAGUCUCCUCCCAAGUGAGGGUGAAGGACAUGCCAUCCUCCACCAUCAUGUCUAGGAACCGAGGGUCCAUUAUGGAGACAUCUCCAGCCCCGAGUGGAAAGAGCCCACCCCACACCCCAGAGCGCCGCCUCCCGGCUCCUUGGACAGCCCCCCACCCCCACCAGCACCCGGUUUCGUCUGGGAAUGUUUCAGGUGGUUUCUCUGAAGAGACUUUUUUAGGUGGGGAGGGGAAAAUCUUAUUUUCAUUUAACUGAUCUACUCAUGAGAGUACGUUUUUAAAAUAAACACUUUAUUUUAGAAUAA